AUGACACCACAACAUCCAGCAAAUGGCUACGGAUACACCAAGCUCAAUCACACAGCCCAAGUAUACUACCCUUAUGAUCUUCCUGGGUCCCUUCGACCAGGUAAUCAUCCCUCUCACCACAGUCACUUUCCAUCCGGUCAAGCAUCCGUUCAUACACAACACAGCUACAAUACGACAUUUCCUGGAACAGGAGGAAAUCCUCCUCCUUUCCAUCAUAGUCAGCAAGGCACCUAUACCAAUGGUGCACAUCAGCAACAAGCGCCCAAUCUUUACAGUCCACAAUCAUAUGGUACAGCCCAUGCUCACCAAGGUCACACCCAGAGCUUCAAUAAUUCCCAAAAUUACGUCUGUUCAUCUCAGCCCCCUACACCUUCUACCGCUAACGGGCAGGGAAGUUAUGGAUAUACUUUCCAUCACCUCAAUGGGGCGCAUUCUUUCCCAUCUGACGGCAUGGUAGAAGGACAACCAAUGACGUCUGAAUGUGAUAUCGUAUCACAGCUAUCGUCGCCCACGCAGGCCUGGAAUAACCAAAACCAUCCCAGUCAGCACGGUCCAGCUCAGACUACGAGUCUCAGCCAAGGUUCCCAAUAUCACAGUAAUUACACCCCGGACCCCAAUUUACCCAAACCAUCUGGCGGUUUCUGGUGA